CCGUUCUUCCGCAUAGCCUCUUGGAACAUGUAGUCCGUUAUGAAUAACGGCUCUGCUCGGUUUUCCGUUCAUUUCUCACCCUUCUACUUUGGGCCACCCAGGAGGAAGGGCCGUGCUCCAGCUAACGCGAGGCUGCAUGAUUCGAGGGCUCACUUGCGGAUGUGAAUGCCCGGCGGAGAGAGGCGCUCAGGAAAGGACAGAAUUAUAUUUGUGACCAAAGAAGACCAUGAAACACCAAGCAGUGCUGAACUGGUGGCUGAUGAUCCCAAUGAUCCUUAUGAAGAUCAUGGUUUGAUAUUGCCCAACGGAGAUAUCAACUGGAAUUGCCCAUGUCUUGGUGGAAUGGCUAGUGGUCCUUGUGGGGAACAAUUCAAGUCAGCAUUUUCCUGUUUUCAUUAUAGCAAGGAAGAAAUUAAGGGCUCAGAUUGUGUGGACCAAUUUCGUGCAAUGCAAGAAUGUAUGCAGAAAUACCCGGAUCUGUAUCCUCAAGAAGAUGAUGAUGAAGAUGAAGAUGAAGAAGAUAAUCAAAGCAAAGAUUUAGAAACUAGUCCCUCCAUUGGCAAAGAAAAGGAUGGGUCUAGCUAAUGAAUGCAUGUGGAGGCUGUGGUCUCCUUUCCAUAUUCAAAGACAUACAGACUUAGGCAGGGUAACUUCUCUCCUUUUUUUUUCCCUCUCCACCCCACUGAUCCGUCAAGGAAUGCACUUCUGUAUACUGUAUCAUGUGAAAUAACUUACUGCGAAGAAGAAACCUCAGCCGCAUGGUUUUAAUAAAGAAAUAU